UAUGUCUGUAAACAGCGAGUGCAGGAGGUGGGGGGCUGUUAGGGUGAAGCUGCCUUUUCCAAGCGCCUCUCCCUGAGCCCCAGCAGAAAGUUUGGGGGAUCGCGGGCUGCGCUUUAAAUAGUGGGGACCAUGUGGAGCCUGCGGGGGUCUGGCUGUGAAUCGAGCUGAACUUCACCCCUCUAACCCCCCCCCUUCUAAUACCCCAACACCUUGGGCAAUGGCCAACGCUCACAACAUCCAGUCGGCCACCGCCAAAAGCAUCCGGCCGUUCAAAUCCAGCGGGGAGUACCUGCUAGCCAUGAAGGAGGACCUGGCCGAAUGGCUGCAUGAGCUCUAUGGGUUGAGGGUCAGCGCUCAGGGUUUACUGGAGGCACUGCAGACCGGCUGGCUCCUGUGCACUCACGCUAACAAUGUAACGAGAGUGGCGAAGGAUUUCUCCCGGGAAUACCCCCAGCUCCUGUCCAGGCUCAAGCUGCCCCAGGCCGGGGUCACCUACACCACCUCAGCCCAGCCGGGCACUUUCCAGGCCCGGGACAAUGUCUCCAACUUCAUCAACUGGUGCCGCAAGGAGCUGGAGAUUCAAGAUGUGUUGAUGUUUGAGACAGAGGACCUGGUGUUGAGGAAAAACGAGAAAAACUUUGUGCUGUGCCUGCUGGAGGUGGCGAGGAGAGCUUCCAAAUUUGGGAUGUUGGCCCCGGUCCUCAUUCAGAUGGAGGAACAGAUUGAGGAAGAGAUCCGGGAGGAGAUGGAUCUGCCAUCAGAGAUCAUCCCUCCAAAACCCAAACCACAGAAAGAGCUGUGUGAUUUCAGGAACUUGGAUGAAAUGGUACGUUACUUAGUGAGCCGCUGUACCUGCCCCGAUCAGUUUCCCAUGGUAAAAGUCUCCGAAGGGAAAUACAAAGUGGGCGACUCCAACACUUUGAUUUUUGUGAGGAUUUUGCGGAGUCACGUGAUGGUGCGAGUGGGUGGGGGAUGGGACACCCUGGAGCAUUACCUCGACAAACAUGACCCCUGUCGUUGCACAUCACUCACUCACAAGCAGGUGUCGAGGUUCAGCAGCCCACACAGGGCUGUUAACCCCGUCCACGAGAUCAAGACUCGCCUGCCGCCGAGGACAGACCAGACAAACAAGCCGCAGACGGCACUUAUUCUGUCGAGAUCGCAGAGUCCGAUGCCUCCGGUGGAGUGGAGACUAAAUACGCCACCUGCUGUUUCAACGCGGAGUCGCAGUGCUGUUCGGCCGCCAUCACCUGACGUUCACACCUCCUCCGGGGGCCACUCAACCAUGAGAACCCCUCGGGACAAGUCAGAACCACGGCAAUCCCUUCACACCAGGCAGAAAGAUCGGCCAGCUACUCCUUCCUACCAGAUGUCAGUGAACAUUGAAAGCAUCAAGCCCAACUCCAGCACUACCACAGCAGCUCGAACUGGGAGAGAGAGGAGCAGGACUUUGCCAGCGUCUUCAAAAUGCCCAGCAGCUCAGGAGAGCAAAUGCACCGUUGUCCCUACAAUGGAUGCCAAGAAAGUACCAAGUCAGCUCAUUGCUCCUCGGCGUUCCGACGCCGGGUUGAACCAAACUUGGACCAGUGCCCAGUUUGCUGAGUCCAAAGUGAACCAGAGUAACUCAAACGAGGGCAAACACCGCACUAGUGCAGUUUCCCAGAAACCUCCUUCUGAAAUGACCCCCCGAGCCUCAAAGGGUUUGGCGAGAAGUUAUUCCCCUGCGCCUGGCCGAGUCAGUAAGCUCUCACUUGUUCAAGAUGCUGAGAGGAAGGGGGACAAGAGUCAAGUGUGUCAACGACAUCUGAGCCCAGCUGGUGCCUGGCAAGAAAGCUGUGGGCAGGAACCAAAGUUGGUCAGCAAACCACUAAACGAUAGAGAAAAAAAUGCUCAGCAACAAUGUCGGAUUCGCUCGCAGACUCCUGAGCCUUACAGUAUCAAUAACAAUAAUAACAAAGGUGUUAACAGUGACAUGCGUGAGCUGUGUACAUUCACACCUCCACCCAUUAACCCCACACAAGAGUCAGCACUCUACAAGAGCCUCGAAGAUGAAAUUGCAUCCAAUAUGAAGGCUCUGCAGGUAGGUCUGUAUGAGGACAAUGCGGAGAUCACUGAACUCCAUACAUUUGCUUCAGUCUCCAGUCUGUCCAGCUGUUCAAAAUGUAAGAAACCUGACUCUCCAGUUUCAUCCAAAUGUUCAGUUUCCUCAUUCCCCAGCCCUUGUGAUAACACUGAUCGACCUUACAGCUGUAUUAACGUGGCAUCGAUACAGACAAGAGGAGUGACUGAGAACGGCAGCAGUUUUAAUGCAGUUCUGACUGAACUUGUUAGUGGGACACAGAAGCUUAAUCGGGUGGAUAUUGAGAACUGGAUUGCAAAGAGCCCAAACAUGUUGCUCGCUGAGUCUUGUACUAAUCUACAGACAGCAGCUUUGAACUCUGUUGAACCCACCAUGCCACUUCCCAACAGAACUGAAGUGCAAAGCGAACACUAUACUAAGACUGGAUCAAAAUCUGUUCAGUGCAAUCAAGAGAACAAUGACUUUGAGGGCACUAACCUCAACAGUGCGAAGAGUCACAUAACGCCAGCUCAGAAUAACUUGAACACCAUCGAGGUGGAUUCCAGAUCCACAAACGAAGGAUCUGACACAAAUUCGUCAUUGGAAUGGCCACACCCCCCCUGCGCUGUCCAGAAAGCCAGAGCUCAACAAGAAAGGCAAAAGCGGUCACUGCGGAAGCCGGAGAGGGUUCCUUCCAUCUACAAACUGAAGCUUCGCCCCAAAAUACGCCCCAGGAGGGACAACAGACCUGAGAAGAAGCCAUCGAGAAUUCCCACUCCGUUAUCCUACAGAGAGGCAGACAAGACUGUAAAAGGCUUGACAAAAUCUGGAAGUUCCCACAAAUCCCACAGAGCCAACAGCAAGGCCUCGAAGUCUAAAGUUCAGGGAAGACAGAUCUCGGCUUUAUGUUUCAUGAAAGCUGAGGAGGGUCUUGGUUUGGGGGAAGACUUUUGGGUGUGUCGGCACAGUGUUUCACCGGGUGACAGAACUGCAGUACAGCAAGCCAUGAUAGAGGACUCUGGGCAGAGGGAAGAAGAUGAGGAGUCUUGGGUUUAAAAGCUUGAAAGUAAAUCUCUAAAGUGUCUCGACCUCAAGCAAUUUGUUUAUUGGCAAUCGAUAUUUUUUGUGUGUCCCAUUCUUUCACAGAAGCACUUCAUUAUGGGGCAGAAGGAACAGCCCAGCUGUCACUCCAUGAAAGCCAACAUGUUUUGUAAUGAAGUUAAAUGUGGUGAUAAUUGCCUAAAACAAAGCAUAAGAAAACAAGGAACCAUAACAAUUGUAUCAGAGAUAAUGGGAACUGCAGAUGCUGGAGAAUCCGAGACAACAAAGUGUGGAGCUGGAUGAACACAGCAGGCCAAGCAGCAUCUUAGGAGCACAAAGGCUGACGUUUCAGGCCUAGACCCUUCAAAGGCUGACGUUUCAGGCCUAGACCCUUCAAAGGGUCUAGGCCCGAAACAUCAGUUUUUGUGCUCCUAAGAUGCUGCUUGGCCUGCUGUGUUCAUCCAGCUCCACACUUUGUUAACCACAACAAUUGCACUACUUAAUGCUAAUUAACCUAAUAGAGGAGAUGGCACAACACUUAUCCAGAAAGUGCUAAAAAGUUUGAAAGUCAAUUGAAGGGGCAUUGAGUGAAAGACAUUUUGACCCCACUAAAUGACCUAAUGUAUCUUUAUAACAUGAUCAGCGAGAGUGAAUCAAUUAAAGUGUGGAUUCCUAAAAUAAUAGUUUACAAAUUCUGAUUUGGUUUUGAUGUGUUUACAAAUAGGUUCACAAAUGAUUAUAAUGAGCUUGUCACAAUGCCACUUGCUUUAUAGAGAUGUAUGGUGCCUUCUAUGUUUUCUAAACUUUGUCUUAUUAAGUCAUUAAUGAUACUGUUUAUUCCCAUGCCGUCAGAUAUUAAGUGCUAAUAUCUCCACUGUUUUCCUAUUUCAAUAAUGACUGAAUAUUUCAAUGUCAUCCUGGUUCUUUGAUCUUGAGUUCACCAGACACGCCAGUAUGCGAGGGCCAGGGCAAAUUGAACAUGAGGUUAUUAUCAGUGAGUAACUUUAAAUUGAGGGCUUGGGUGGGAUCAGCGAACACAUAAUGUUUACAGAAUUGGUAAUAGAAACUUGGACUGGAUCACCAGAUCUGGGGCAUUGACUCUGGUUUCCCUACUUGGAUGCUUGCCAGAUGUGCUGGGCCUUUCCAGCUGUUUCUGUUUCGCAGCAUCCGCAGUUCUUUUGGUUUUUAUUCAACGAUGAUUGAUAGUCAGGGAAGGAGAAAAACUAAUAGUGAGAUUGGCUGUGAUGAAAGCAGCCCAUGCCCUGACAGGACCUAGUGGUGUGGGUAAAGGAUGUAUAAGGAGGAGAUCGAUACUGAAAAUCAAAUUAUCGGUAUCAAUAUUUAACCUUGAAGGCUGCAAAGCUCCCUAGCAGGGGAUGAGACGCUGUUCUUCAGACUUACUCUGAGCCUCACUGGAGCACUGCAACAGGAGCCAAGGCAGAAAUGUUGGGCCCACAACAAGGCAGUUAACAAGCAGUUGUCCUCCUUAAUUGGCAGCUUGCCACUGUCUGACAAGAACCUUGCCAUGCCAAGUUGUUAGAUCUCAUAUUUUCCAAUGAGCGUUCAAGUUGUGGGUGGUGUCAGGUAGUUGUUAUUCGAGUUUCAUUUUUCAGUACAGCUUCAUUUCUCCUGAGCAACAAGGCACACAAAACGCUUCAGAAUGUCUUAAUUUAUACAGUAUAAACUUAGAGCCCCGCUUUUGAUUGCUAUUGGUCAGCGGCCCUACAGCAUCCCUUUGUGAUUGGCUCUCUGGUACAGCAUUUCUUACAAUUCACGCUUGCCUCAGCAGUUUCAAUGUAGAAAAAAAUAGAAAUUUGGACUGUCCUCCAAACAAUUGUUGAGGCUAAUUGAAAGCUUCAAAGUUGAUGCAUAUUUGGUAGGUCAAAGUGUUAAGGAUAAUAGAACCAUGACAGGCUACGAGUCCUUAUGCAUACUGAUUGAAAGGCAGAAAUGGUUUGAUAUGCUAAAUGAAUCCUACUUUCCAGUGAUCGCAUAGUUGAUGAGUACAAGGCAAUUAAGCCAAAGUUGUGCUAAGUAUUAACAAGGGCUUGGGAGGAUGGCUAUUGAGAGAGAGUGAGUCAUACAGCGCGGAAACAGACCCUUUGGUCCAACUAGUCUGCCCCGACCAGACAUCCCAAUCUGACCUAGUCCCAUUUGUCAGCAUCUGGCCCACAUUCCUCCAAACCUUUUCUAUUCAUACAUCCAUCCAAAUGCCUUUUAGAUGUUGCAAUUAUACCCUCCUCCACCUCUUUCUCUUCUAUUGGAGGAUAUGUCCCCUUGUGCUCUCUGUGGUGAUGUUAGCACACUUAGGAUUUUGCUACAUUUAGUGUCUUAAUUGGAAAGCAACUGAAGGUUCAUAAUUCUGAUUUAUUUCUCAAUGGGAGGAUGGUUCACUGGUGCACUGUUUCUUCUCAUCCCACACUCGGAGACUUCCAAUUCUAUGGCAUUUCAAACCUUAAUAAGAAUUAACUUUUCUCGCUGUGCCGUUGAUCAUUUAUUUUGCAGUCAAAAUCAUUUUUGGAAGAGGAAUAGACAAUCGUAAUUAUUUUCAAU